AUACUGGUAAUAUUACGACCUCCCACCUUUGAACGUCAAAAGCAGAACGAUCUUCGGUAUUUCAGUGUCACUAAUUUAUUGCCCCUUGUGCCUUCCAUUUCGAAUGACAACAGAAGCACCUGCCAUUCAUCCACGAUGGAUCCUCGCGAGUUAAUUGCUCGUUCUCCUCUGCCUCAGCUUCUCUCCUCAUUGCGCUCCUCGUAUAUUAAUACAUCGACCCCAGUACUGGGCGCUUCCGCAUUCCUUUGCACAAUUAUUAUUUACACUAUUGCUAAGAUGUUUGGGCUCUGGUCCCGAAACGAGUUCAAUGUGGAGGGACAGACUAUAGUGAUCACCGGCGGCUCCGAUGGCAUGGGCAAAGCUGUCGCACUCGAGCUAUCCGCAAAAGGCGCACACGUUGUCGUUGUUGCCCGCACCGUCUCCAAGCUGCAGGCUACCGUUGAUGAGAUGAAGACCAAGGCUGGGAAUAUUUUUAAACAGAAAUUCCAUUAUAUCAGCGCCGAUCUCACUGAUCCCGCCGAGUGCGAACGAAUGAUCGCAGAAGUGACAGCGUGGAAUUCUGGAGCUGCUCCUGACGUUGUUUGGUGCUGUGCGGGCUUCUCCCGUCCGGGAUAUUUCGUCGAUGUGCCCAUUCAAGAUCACCGACAGCAAAUGGACACAAUCUAUUGGACUGCGGCCAACACAGCUCAUGCCACCCUGCGCAACUGGCUAACACCCGUUGCCCCAAGUGGACAGAUGAAAACACCCCGGAGACAUCUCAUUUUUACCUGCUCUACACUUGCAUUCGUUCCCAUCGCUGGAUAUUCGCCGUACUCGCCUGCCAAGGCAGCCAUUCGUUCUCUAUCCGAUACUCUAAGCCAGGAAAUCGAAAUGUACAAUGGAGCCUAUACCCAACGGCACCGCAAUGACGCCCCGGCUGCAGAUGUCAAGAUCCACACUAUUUUCCCCAUGGGGAUUCUCUCACCCGGCUAUGACAACGAACAAAAGAUUAAGCCUGAAUUGACCAAGAAACUCGAGGAGGCCGACAAGCCCCAGACACCAGCGGAGGUCGCGCAAAUUUCUAUCCGUGCCUUGGAACGUGGGGAGUAUCUGGUCACUACCAACUUUAUUGGUGCUGUCAUGAAAGGCACUGCCCUUGGGCCCAGCCCGAAAAAUAGCAUUGUCGGUGACACUAUGCUCAGCUGGCUCAGCAACCUGGUAUUCCUCCAGGUCAUCCCAGACCUUCGCAGCAAGGCAUUCGCUUGGGGUAAGCAGAACGGGAUUCCAAACAGUACCAGUACUCCAGCUUCAUAA